CCACAGUUCCACGUUGCCGUGGUGACGAGGCCUGAGGCCAAACCCCCGGGUCCGGACGACAACUCCCCCCUCCUCAGUCGUCAGUAGACCCCUGACUGACCUUGACCCCCGCCACACCCCCUGACCCCUGCAGGCCCAAAGUCUGUAACUAGGCCUCGCCUGGGCCUCAAGCCUCCAGCGGGUUGCCGCGACGACGGACAGUAGGGCCCCAGGCGGCCAUGUUGGGGCUGGGACCCUCCCUCCUCCUCCUCACCCUCCUGCCCCGCCUCCUCCUGCCCCCUCUCCCCUACAGGGCCCAGAACGAGACAGAGUCAGUGGCCCUGGAGGGCCACUGCCUGGUGCUGUGCGACUCGGACCCCCGGCAGGGGCCCGGCGGUGAGGGGGGGCCGAUGGCCAGGCCCAGACAGGCCUGUGGUGAGGGGGGGGUGGCGCUGGUGAUGACGGUUCGGCCCGGCGGGCUGAAGGCGGCCUUCUCUGCCAUCCGCGGCACCAGCCACGAACCAGCAGCCAACGGGAACGAGUCUAAAGCCAUCCACUUUGACCAGGUCCUCGUCAAUGUCGGACGCCAUUUUGACCGGGACCUUGGAGCGUUCGUGGCUCCUCAUCGAGGCAUCUACAGCUUUGCCUUCCACGUGGUCAAAGUCUACAACCGGCAAACUAUCCAGUGUUCUCCGUGGAGCGAUUUUGAAAGGGGGCAGGCUGAGCAAUCACUGAUCACUGGCCUAGGGGGUUCCCAGUGA